GCGCGGGCUGCGGCAGCGGCAGUCGCGGUCGCAGCAGUCGGGGCUGCGGCAGGAGGCCGCUGCGGGGGCCCAGCAAUGAUGAACUCGCUGCUGUUCGGCGAGAUGGCUCGCGCCUUCACGGCGGGCGGCCCGCUGGGCCCGGGCGGCGCGGGGGGCCCGGGGCCGGGGCCGGGGCCGGGGCCGGGGCCGGGGUCUGCCGGGGCGCCGCCGCCGGUGACCACGGCGCUGCGCAACGACCUGGGCUCCAACAUCCACCUGCUGAAGGGGCUGAACGUGCGGUUCCGCUGCUUCCUAGCCAAGGUGCACGAGCUGGAGCGGCGCAACCGCCUGCUGGAGAAGCAGCUGGAGGCGCAGCAGAGCGAGCGCGACCGCCGCCUGCGCUACAAGACCUUCUCCCGCGACCAGGCCGUGCAGACCGACGGGGCCGGGGCCGGGGCCGCCGCCGCCGCCCCGCAGCCGCCGCCCGCCGCCCCGCCGCAGCCGCCUGCCUCCGCCGCCGCCCUGCAGCCGCCCUACAGCCGCCUGCCCGGCACCAUCUGGAGCUACACGCAGGUGCGGCGCACGGGCGGCGGCGGCCUGGAGACGCUGCAGGGGCCCGGCGUGUCCUGGGUGCACCCGGACGGCGUGGGGGUGCAGAUCGACACCAUCACGCCCGAGAUCCGCGCCCUCUACAACGUGCUGGCCAAAGUCAAGCGCGAGCGGGACGAGUACAAGAGGAGAUGGGAGGAGGAGCUGGCAAAACGAAUGAAUCUGGAGUCUAUGGUAGAAACCCUGCAAGAGGAGGCACAAGAAGCUGAAGCUAUCCAGGAAGAGCUGAAUGAAAAGAUUGAGAGGCUGAAAGCAGAGCUGGUUGUCUUUAAGGGUCUGAUGAGUGAUCCCAUGACAGACCUGGACACAAAGAUCCAAGAAAAGGCCAUGAAGGUGGACAUGGACAUCUGCCGGCGAAUCGAUAUCACAGCCAAGCUGUGCGAUGUAGCACAGCAGCGCAACUCUGAAGACGUUUCCAAGAUAUUCCAGGUGGCCUCCAAAAAGAAAGAACGCAAGCUCACGUCUGACGACGACCUCUCUGAACAGGAUGGAGACAACAGCAGAUUCUCAGAUGACGAAGUCAGCUGUUCUCUGAACAUCACAGAUGAAAUGAAGCGCAUGUUUAAUCAGCUGCGUGAGACAUUUGACUUCGAUGAUGACUGUGACAGUUUAACGUGGGAGGAGAAUGAGGAAACCCUGCUGCUUUGGGAAGACUUCACAAAUUGCAAUCCUUCAAUUGACCUCCAAGGAGAGGAGGAAAACCUGGGGAACUUGAUACAUGAAACAGAAUCUUUCUUCAAAACGAGAGACAAAGAAUAUCAGGAAACAAUCGGACAGAUUGAGCUGGAGCUAGCCACAGCCAAGAGUGACAUGAAUCGCCAUCUUCAUGAAUAUAUGGAAAUGUGCAGCAUGAAGAGGGGCCUGGACGUACAGAUGGAAACCUGCCGUAGGCUUAUCAAAGGCUCUGCCGACAGAAAUUCUCCUUCUCCCAGUUCUGUAGCCAGCAGCGACUCAGGAAACACAGAUGAAAUUCAGGAUGAGUUUGACAGAGAGGCGGACGUGGAGCCGAUGGUCAGCUGAUAAAUAAUCAGAGCAUUCCAGUGAAAGGGAUAGAUGCAGAAAAGAGUAAAAACAAUACUGACGGAAAAGACUUCCAAGCCCUCACGCAGGGCUCCUGAGGACUCGUUCCAAUACGCAUCCCCACCCCACCCAAGGAUUGGUGCUGUAAAUUUCUAUUGUUAUACAAAUGACAAAUGCAGACUUCUGUAAGGAAAAAAAAAAUGGUGUUUUAAUUGUGCCUUUGCCCCAAGCUGAGCCACUUUGAGCUCCAGUGGAAUAUUAAUAGCAGGUGUUUUUAUAAAAAAUAAUUAAAAAAAAAAAAUUCUGGCAGCAGCAGAGAAUGGUGCUGCAGAGGUUUUGGAUGUCUCGAUAGACUUACGUGUGAUUUAAGGAACUGCUGCAAUGAUUGGCAAAAGGAAUACUGGCAAACUGAGCAGUGAACGUGCUACAAUUCAGAUAUGAACACGGGGUGGGGGCUGGCAUAAAAAUGCAAACACCUCCAAAUUUAGUUGUUAACCCCAUUAAUAACAGCAUGGGGUUAGAAGCCAAUCAUACCAUUGUAAGGUAUCUAAAAGGGCAUCUUCAUUCCAUCUGUAUGGGUGAAGAGACCUUUGAAAUCUGCACAAGCUUUCUGCCAGAGUCCGAAAUCCCGAGAAGCCUUUCUCAGCUCGGCGGCAAAGCAAGUGGACAAGGUACAGCGGGGUGGGAAUAUCACUGUUAAACUACUAUGCAAAAAAAAAAAAAAAAAAAAAGAAAAAAAAAGCUAGCCUUAUUUAUAUGGAAUGUUAUGGUCCCUGCUGGGCUACAGUUAUCUCUUGGUGGAAGAAAAGCUAAAAAGAAACCCCCCCCCCCCCCCCCCCCCCCCCCCCACAUUUGCACAUGUUUAAUUAUCUGUAGAGCUUCCUUUGAGGAGGCAUGUCUUAUUACAAUGCCUUUGUUUCCAGUGAUUGGAUUAGGAGGGAAUCAGCCCUUCAAAUCAUGAUUUUUUUUUUUUCCCAGGAUUUAAAAAAAGCCCCAACACUUGCAGGUUUUACUUUGCUUCCUGAAAGAUAACUGUGUUUUAUGCUUCUUUCGUGAAGCCUAGUGGAGUAGGUGAAGCAUCAGGCUCAAACUGACGCAUCGUGCUAUAUAGGUAUAGGCUUGAGAAGUGACAUCGUUGCAGUCGCAGACCACUGUUCUUUUGGAAAAGCUGAAAAUGGGAAAGUACUGCAGUUCAUUUUUAGGGCAUAAUGGAAUGAAUCCUAAUAUCCUGCUACCCUAGAAUUGGGGAAGAAAAGCCACGCGCUUCCCGUGAGAGAGCGAGAAGACCUAGGUCUUAUAUACCUUCUUCUGUAUUUUAAGCCAGAGAAAGCAGCAUCCAAAAAGUCCGUUGUUUACUUCCUGUCUGGAGAACUGAUAAUGGGUGAGAAGCUGUUCUUGGGGGUCAUUAUGAGUUACUGAGUAAAAAAAAAAAAAUAAAUAAAAAUAAGGGUGGACUUUUUUUGAAGCAUGUAGAACACAGUACAAGGGAGUUUUGCAGGUCAAUGUUGAAGGCAGAAUUAAGAGCUCUUAAAAGUUAACUGUAUGUAGCUAAUGACCAGUUAAGACUUAAGGGGUCAACAUCAAAUUAUGAUUCUAUUUUUCAUCCUUUUCAUGGAAGAUUUUCCCCACAGUGAUUUGCAACUACUGCAGAGGGGAGAGGUUUUUCCCUCCUACCAGUUCACAGAUUGGACAGAAAAAACAUCAGGUUAAUAGCAGGCCUUUAUAGGAUUGCACGGAGCUGAGACGCUCAACCGGUGACCUAACUUCUGAGCAUUGUUUCCAGGCCUCUAUCUCAUGAUCCAAUAUUUAAAUGUAGGGGGAUGGCAUUGCAAGGAAACGGCCAGUGUGCUUCAGUGCUGUUUUUCCUCCUACAAGAGCACAAGUCUCAGUAAAGUAGUGCCUGUACUAAGGAGAGGAUGCCUCAGAUAUCUGCACACCUUCCUGGACUCUGAGGGGCGGUAUCAUCUUGGUGGAUCUCUGCUAAAAUAUCUGCAACUUUCAUCAGCUUUUUGUUGUGAUCUAACCUGGUCCAAGCUGUAGGUAACUCCCCUUCGACCCAAACUGCAUUUUUGCAGGCCAUAUGAAUCAAGUGCAUCCUCUGCCCUUUUUUUUCAGGUGGGGAGAAUAAUGCUGUGAUGAUCCUUCUGGAUCCACAAUAUGAGUUUUUAUUUCUCCCAUCCAUGAAAAGCUAUGUAAGGACAUUCAUUUAAUUUUUACCUCCUAUUAGCUUUCUUCCUCGUUAGCAGCUUUAUAUAUUGUGCUGUGACUUUGUGGCCUUUUUUCAAGGUAUCAUCCAUUAUGCAUUUAACUUUUGUGUGUGUGUGUGUGUGUGUGUGUGUGUUUUUAAAAAAGAAACCUUAUUCCAAAGUGCUCAUUCUUAUCACAUCUUAUCUAGCCAAAGCAGUACAUUAUGUUCGAUUAAGGGUGCGAUUUUUGUCGGGUAGGGAGGACAGAAGUGAAAUGUCUGCCAGUCAUCAUGACCUCUUUUUAAUGGGAGUGGGACUGCACGGUUUUUUAAAUGAAAAGUAUUUCUAAAGGUUAUCGAGCCUGUUUUGAACCUUGGCUGCUAAAUAUGUUGUUUCUCAAAAGGUCGAGAGACUGUCUGCCAAAGCUGAAUGUCUGUAGUGCUUUAGUGACUUUGGUGAAAGCCUAGUUUAACAAUUUACGUGUGUAGUGACUUAGCCUCUCUGGAGGCUGCCAUUCAGCUGUCUUCAAAUUAUGAAAUGCUCCUUUCGCAGCAGAGAGAUUGAGCAGCUUCAAUAGCCGUCCUGAGUAGGUGCUGCAGACUAGUCUGUCUAAUUGUGUUCCGCCAGGAGAAAUGGUUCGGGCUUGCCUCUCGUGGUCGGCAUGUCGAGGAGGAGAAGAGAGGAGAGUAUCCUGGGUUUUAAGAGUGGGGCUGAGUGAGGAAGCAGAGACUUCAAGAAAUCUGUAUUUUACAGUUCAUCUCAUAGCCAUAAUUAUGAGGAGCAUCUGUAACGGGGAUGCAUCAUUUGUAAGUGUAGGGGAUGUGGGAAUGUAGUAUAGUAAAGAAAUAAUGUGUAUGAUGGUGAAAUGUAUAUGAUGGUAAGAGACUACCAUGGUUGUUGGUGUCUGUUUUCUCUAUAACCAUAUUUAAUCCACCUUUUUAUUUUAAUUAAACAGGUCUUCACACUUGGGUUUAGGGUUUAAUUUUUGCCUAGGCAGCGUAGGACUUAGUAGUUAUUGGGUCAGCCCUGUGAUAUUUAUUUGGGUUGCCCCGCGAUAGUUUCCUGUGAGGUUUUUGGUUAGUUUAGUUUCAAACGAUGCUGCUCACUUAGCUGACGGUGGUCCCGUUUUGUUUGCAUUUAACAAGUCUGUAGCAACCAGAUCAAAAGCUUGCCAGAAAAAAAAAAUUGUGAAAAUGCUGGAAAUCAUUUUGAUGACCUCUUUUCCUUUGUUUGUAAAGCUGUAAAUACUUUAUUUUUAUUUUCUAUUCUUAAUGCAGUGUCAUAUUGACACUUUUUUUAGACUUACAAUCGGAAAAUCCUCCUCAUUGUUUUUCUCAUAUUUUUAAAAAAAGGGGAUUUCAAGGAAGCAAAAUGUUUUUGCUUGUUAGCAGUAUAAUAAUAAUAGAUCAAAUUCCUGAAAUGGGUUUGUAUAAAAAACAAAAUGUUUUCAGUGAACAAAUCGCCGUUGCUUUUUUGUGGAUGCAUGUUGUUCAAAAAUGUCCAAAGAAUCAUGUGGUACAAAGUUUUUUCCAAGGAUUUCAUAAUUGUCAUGUUAGUUGAGAUUACAGACAAGGAGUCAAAAUAGUUUUAAACCAAGGUUUGGGGGGGUGGGGGAAUAAUGAAAUGCAACUAAGCUAAAUGCAUUAAUCUAUUUAUAAAAACGCAGUAUUCUAUUUUUAAUAGAUUUUUAAAAUGCAAACAAGUCUGUUAGGAAAUCAAAUUCCUCCCUUGUAAAUUAUCCUCUACUUUGAGGAUAUCCAAAUUCUCAACAGUUUCAGUUGACAGUGCAAGAGACACUGCAGCAGGCACGGCUGUGAAGCGCUCUUCCCAUCACUUCCCAACGUCUUGCCAACAUAAUUAUAACUCCCAAACUGUUCCCCAACCGUCCGCCAUGACCCAUCAUCAUUGACACCAGUGCCUUUCACUAAAGGAUGGAUGAGAUAUAGAUUGCCACCUUCCUGCUAACCACAAAUAUUAUUUCAGAUGCAGUGCUUAAAUUCUGACCUACAGCAACUUGCAUUUUUUACUUGGUUUACAGUUAAAGCAACUAUAAAUUGGACUAAGCAUCUUUCUUUCCUUAAACAGGUUUUAAGUUGGAAGUAACUCAGUGGGUAUUAAAGCAGCAGAUCAGACUCUGGCUUUGUUUCCCUGUAGUGAAGGACACUCUUUUAGGAUAAUCCUUCUUGCCAUCAAAAAACCCAACAAAACAAAUUCUGUGGUCAGACCUGAUUUUGGUCGAGUGAAGGCACUGGUGAUGCAUAGGGCGCUUACAGCCGUACCAGGAACACGAGAGUUGCAAUGAUGGAAGCAUUUGCUUGUUUUCCGUAGCUCUGCGCUGUGAAAAGACUCUGUUGAUGGAAGUGUGUUUGUGCCUGGAACACGAUCAUCUUAACGAAAGACUGUGCUUCGUUCCCAAGUGCUACAUUUCUGAGGACCUUAAUGGGGUUUUUUGAGAGGAAAUUCCCACCAAAUUCUCUUUUGUGUCAGAUGAUUCAAAGUAUCUCUAAUAUCCCCUAUGCUCUCUUAUUGUAACCCAACUCUGCUGAGAUGAUAAAUCUGAACUAGGAUCUUAAAUACCAUGGUUCAUGGUAUUGUACUCAGUUUGGCUUUUUCACAGCCUUUUUUGGGGGGAUUUCCAUGUUCUUAUGCCCUGGCACAGAAAUGCAUCACUGGGGCUGCAGAACAUGUUUUUGUUUUUAAGUAGUUUCCUUGGAGAAUAGAAGUCGCAGACAUUUAUGUUGGCCUCGAGUUCUAUGAAAUCUCACUAAUCAAACCUAAAUUUGGGAUCAUCCCAAAUCGGCAAGUAAAUGGUGUGUAGACUUGCAUUAUGCAUGCCGGUUUUAAAGGUGAACUUGAUUACACCUUUACCUGCCAAGCUCUGAAUUCAGCCUUUUGCUGAUCUGAUUCCGGAGAGGCCAAAAAGAUGGCCCUUAGGCCAGAUCUUUGGCAGAAAAGUGAAGGAACAAUUGAUUUUAAACUUUUAGCAUGUCCUUGCAUGCAUUUAUGUAGAGUUUUGGAUACCGAGUCUGUCUCAUUUAAGAAAAACCCAAAAAAAACGCUGUCCAGCUCUUCUGUUGGAGAGGGGGAGAGAAAUGAGGUGGGAGGAAGUAGAGAAAUGCCACAUCAGCUCUUUUUAAAGAGCAUUAUCAAGCCUCUCUCUUAACUCAGAGGCACUCUAUGAAUGAAGCACUUUUGCGAAACAAGAAAAGGUCUUUAAUCUGCUAGGGCUGUCUCUUCAGGAAGCCACGAUCCUAUUACUGGAACAACUGCUUAAGAAAUAAAAAGUGGUACUUUUGAAUCUGAUGGUCCGUGUCAUUCCUCCGGUGGUUGCUGCACAUUCCACUGCGCUGCCAGGCUGCGCUCUGUAUCGUUUGCUGGCUGCCUGAACUGACAGUCCACAUGUAGAGUUCAUGUGAAAUCCUGUUUGAAAGUCUUUAAAAGUUUGGGCACUAAACACGCUUCCUGUGUAACGUGGUUUCACCUAAAAGGAAGAUCCUUAAAAUACUGUCCCUAGGGUUAAAAAACAAAACAAAACCAAAAAAAUCUGUAUAGCUCAAUUCUUGCCAACCCCCCCCCCCACCCCCAAAUAAAAAUAAAAAUUAAGUGACAUUUAAAUAGGAGCUAUUGGCUAACUCCUUCCCAGACCAUGCCAUUUUCUGAGUUACUCUCUUAGGCCAUUGACGAGUUUCUUUUGUACUCAUGAAAACAGACUACUGAUCAGAGUGGAAAUGAAACUGUUUACUGUAUUGUUGUAAAUAUUGUACUUUAUAUUCUGUAUAUUAGCUUCUUUUAAAGGAAAACAAACCGACCUUAAUGCUAUUUGAUAUCUGGUAAGGAAAAGGUCCAAGGAUGAACCAGAGUCUAAGCUUCCUCCAAAAGGGCCGCAGCGUCUUGCCCGGAGUUCAGAUUUUAAGUGGUUUCCCCCCUCUGUUUUGGAAGUCUGUCCUUCAUAGUUUUAAAAACAGGCCAAGCGUUGCGUGCGUUUACUAGCAGUGGUUUUUAGGCUGUCAAAGACCUUUGAAUCCUAAUCCAUUUUGGAUGAGGUACCAAGAAACGCACACAGCGAGAGCCAGAAGCAUUUGAACUCUUGUGAGUACCCAUGGAUUAUCUCUCUUUUUCCUGUUAGUGCCAAAAACUACUCACUUCUGAUUUGAUCUCUAGCUGCCUGUAUACAGCAUUGUUUUUUUUUUUCCCCCCCUCAUUUCCUUCAAGGGCACAAGUCCAGUUGCCCGUUUGCCUCCAUUGUUCUCUGCCGUCCUGUGCUGUGGCACUGCUCCUUGGAGAGGCUUUGUGAUACUGGUUCAUCCUUCACUCUCAGUUUAUAAAUUCUAACUAUGAAUGUUUGAUUUCCAAGUCACGUACCAAACGGGCUUCUUUGUGAAAAGGUGAUGAUGUUCUGAAGCUCGUUGAUGAAAACGGGUUAUGGAAAUUCUCUGGUUACAAGGAAAAAAACCACAAACCCUUACAAUAAAUGCCAAACUUCCUGGUUA